UGCAGUGCAGAAAGAAGAAAGCUAAACGGAGACUGAAUCAGAUGUUCGCUCUGUACAUUAGGUUUAAUGGUUGUAUCAACGGCUUCAUAUGACAGGAAAUGAUCUGGGCGUUUUGUUCACUUAUUCUGGAUGCCCUUAGUUUCACAGAGCAACGGGUAACAUGGAUUGCACCACAGAAGGGGACAGCUGAACUCUCCCUCUGGCUUUAGUGAGGAAAGAGCAGCGAUGAAAUCCGUGGACUGUGUGCACGUCAUCCAGCAGAAGGAUACCGCCUCCUCUCCCUCUGGCCCCCCCGGUGCUGCUUCAGGCACCACGGGACUUUUUUCUGUCACAUUCCUGUGGCUUGCAAUGCUCCUGUCCUCUUGUCUUGCAGCAGUGUCUCUUUACCAUGUUAUCACCCUGAAAACAGAGCUAGAAGCUCUGCGCAGUGAGCUGAUCUACAGGGUCCGGGCAAGGUCUCCGCUAGAGCAGCCACCCGUGUCCCCUGGUGACAAGAAAGCAGGUGCCCCUGUUUCUUCCUUCCUGCAAGUGUCUGCAGCUGGCGCCAGGCAGGAGAACAGGCUGCCUGGCCCUAGCCCAGCUGAAAGUCUCCAAAAGGAAAUCUGGGACGGGGGCAGAAACAGGGGGAGAAGGUCUAUUGUCCACACAGAAGAAACAGUGCUGCAAGCCUGCUUGCAACUGAUUGCAGACAGCAAAAGUGAUAUCCAACAGAAAGAUGAUUCAAGCAUUGUCCCUUGGCUUCUGAGCUUUAAGCGUGGAACAGCUCUGGAAGAACAGGGAAAUAAAAUAGUGAUCAAAGAAACAGGAUAUUUUUUCAUAUAUGGCCAGGUUUUAUAUACUGAUACAACAUUUGCAAUGGGACAUCUAAUACAGAGGAAGAAAGCUCAUGUGUUUGGUGAUGAUCUCAGCUUGGUGACAUUAUUUCGUUGCAUCCAAAAUAUGCCACAGUCUUAUCCGAAUAAUUCUUGCUAUACUGCUGGCAUUGCAAAAUUAGAAGAAGGAGAUGAACUUCAACUUACAAUACCACGAAGAAGAGCUAAAAUAUCCUUGGAUGGAGAUGGUACUUUUUUUGGUGCAGUUAGACUCCUCUGAAGCCCUUUAUUUUUGUAACUAUGCUUAGUGCAAUUUUCUUCUUCUUCCAAUGUCAAAGAAAAAAGAAAUUGAAUUCUACUAUAACUGCCAAUUCAGUCUCUUUCUUUCCGCCAUCAGCUUCUGAAAUCUAUUCUUUGGUCUAAUAAGCAAACCCAAAACAGGAAGUAGACCAGACGUACUUGUAAGAUAAAAAUGUCACGUGAUUACCAGAAAGACAAUUUAUUUUACACAAUGGGAGACUCUAAACAACAGCUGUAAGGACGUGGUUUUUUGGCUUUGAAGUAAGUUUCAGUGAAGCAAAUCAAAGAAGGAGUUGACCACAAAGUAUAGCAUGAACACAGGACCAUUGUGCUUUUAUACAGAAAUGGAAAACUAAAAUACAAGUGCAUCUUACUUUGCUUUGUUAAAAAAAAAAAAAA